AUGAAGCUCACCCUCGCUGCCCUGCUGGGCGCUCUCACCGUCGUCUCUGCGCAGACAUCUACAAAGUGCAACCCUACCAAGCAGAGCUGUCCUGCCGACCCUGCUCUCUCUGGAACUGCGGACUUUGACUUCACCAAGGAGUCUCCUCGCUUCCAUGCCACCGGCGGCAACCCAACAUACGGCAAAGACGGCGUCAGCUUGACCAUCUCCAAACGCGGUGAUGCUCCCACCCUCACCUCCGACUUUUACAUCAUGUUCGGUCACGUCGAGUGGGUGAUGAAGGCUGCUCCCGGCAAGGGUGUCGUCAGCAGCGCCGUCAUGCUCUCUGACGACCUGGACGAGAUCGACUGGGAGUUCCUCGGCGGAGACAACGCCCAGGUGCAGAGCAACUACUUCGGCAAGGGCAAGACGGAGACCUACGACCGUGCUAAGUUCGACUCUGCUCCCAACAACAACGGACAGUUCCACACCUACGCCGUCGACUGGACUGCCAGCAAGAUCACCUGGUCUAUCGAUGGCCGCCCAAUCCGUGACCUGACCCCCGAGACCUCCAAAAACCAGUACCCCCAGACUCCCAUGCGAGUCCUCGUCGGCAGCUGGGUCGGCGGUGACCCUUCCAAUGCCCCAGGAACCAUCCAAUGGGCUGGCGGAUUGACCGACUACUCCCAGGCCCCCUUCACCAUGGUCGUCAAGUCUAUCAAGGUGACGGACUACUCCACCGGCAAGGAAUACCGCUACACUAACAUGAGUGGCUCCUGGCAAUCCAUCGAGGCAGUUGGCGGCAAGGUCAACGGCCAAGGCAAGCCCGGCGAGGGCCCCAAGGUAGAGUCAUCCACGCUCAGUAAUAGUCCAAGCACCAAUGCCCCUGAACCUGCUCCCACCGCCCCAGGAGGUGGCAUCGGGAACCCCCAAGCCCCUCCUACCACGGUCUCCAAUCCUCGUCCAACUCCCGGAUCUCCCUCUCAAUCCCAGACAGGACCUUCCCCAACAAUGACUUCGCUCAUAGGGCUCCCGAGCAGUUGGGUUGUAACCGAAACUGGAACUGGAGGAGUCGUUACGCCGACUUCUUCGUCCGCUGAAACUUCUCAUCACUCCGACAACACCUCUCGGUCUUCUCGAUCUGUCUCGUCACCCUCGCCUUCGGGAUCGUCUGGUAAUGGACAUGGUAUGACUACCUCGCCUGGUUCUGGCAGCACCACUUUCAUGACGUCUCCUGCUCCAACUGGGACGCCCACGAAAACUGGCAGCGGCAGUGGCAGUGGAAGCAGCAGCGGCAAUGGAGGCGCUUCGCCAACCGACCCGGUCAUGCAAGCACCUGGAAGCGCCGGUGUGGUUCACUCCGUGAGUCGCCACCUGGCUCUCGCUUUGUGCGCCGUGGCUGUCUGGGCGGCUAUCUAA